UCCCAACCCUGCGGCCCCCUCCCCCACCCCGAACCUGUUCCCAUUCUUCAUCGUUCCAGGACAAUGACGAGAGCUUCCAAUUGUUCAGGGGGGCUGUGGCCGUAGCGGGCGGGAGCCCAGCCAGGGCGGGGCGCGGGCUAUAUAACGGGGAACCCACCGCGGCCGCCCCUCCACAGCCCCCCACUUGUCGGUGUGAGGACUCCAGACCCACGGCAGCCAGGCCAGCCCACCUCAUUCUUCCCCCGUCGGAUCAUCAGAGGAAAAGCAAAGAGCCCGCCAUGCCGGACGCAGAGAUGGCCGAGUUCGGGGCCGCCGCCCCCUACCUGCGCCAGUCGGACAAGCAGCGGAUCGAAGCGCAGACCCGGCCCUUCGACCUGAAGAAGGACAUCUUCGUGCCGGACGUCAAGGAGGAGUUUGUCAAGGCCAAGAUCCUCUCCCGGGAGGGGGGCAAGAUCACCGCCGAGACCGAGAACGGCCAGACAGUGACAGUGAAGGAGGACCAGAUCAUGCAGCAGAACCCGCCAAAGUUCGACAAGAUCGAGGACAUGGCCAUGCUGACGUUCCUGCACGAGCCGGCCGUGCUCUACAACCUCAAGGAGCGAUAUGCCGCCUGGAUGAUCUACACCUACUCAGGGCUGUUCUGCGUGACGGUCAAUCCCUACAAGUGGUUGCCGGUCUAUAACGCGGAGGUGGUGAGCGCCUACAGGGGCAAGAAGAGAAGCGAAGCCCCACCCCACAUCUUCUCCAUCUCUGACAACGCCUACCAGAACAUGCUGACAGAUCGGGAGAACCAGUCAAUCCUCAUCACCGGAGAAUCGGGGGCGGGGAAGACCGUGAACACCAAGCGGGUCAUUCAGUACUUUGCCGUCAUCGCGGCCAUCAGUGACCGCAGCAAGAAGGACCAGGUGGACAAGAGCAAGGGGACCCUGGAGGAUCAAAUCAUCCAGGCCAACCCUGCCCUGGAGGCCUUUGGCAAUGCCAAGACUGUGAGGAAUGAUAACUCAUCCCGAUUCGGUAAAUUCAUCCGGAUUCAUUUUGGGGCGACGGGGAAGUUGGCUUCAGCUGAUAUAGAGACCUAUCUCCUGGAAAAAUCCCGGGUCAUCUUCCAGCUUAAAUCUGAGAGGAGCUAUCACAUCUACUACCAGAUCCUGUCCAACAAGAAGCCAGAACUCCUGGACAUGAUGCUGGUGACCAACAACCCAUAUGACUACGCCUUCAUCUCCCAAGGAGAGACAACGGUGUCUUCCAUUGAUGAUGCUGAAGAGUUGAUAGCCACCGAUAGUGCCUUUGACAUCUUGGGCUUCACCCAGGAGGAGAAGAACUCCAUGUACAAGCUGACGGGCGCCAUCAUGCACUUUGGGAACAUGAAGUUCAAGCAGAAGCAGCGCGAGGAGCAGGCCGAGCCUGAUGGCACUGAGGAGGCGGACAAAUCCGCCUACCUGAUGGGGCUGAACUCAUCAGAUCUACUGAAGGGUCUUGUUCACCCACGGGUCAAGGUGGGAAACGAGUAUGUGACCAAGGGGCAGACUGUCCAGCAGGUAUCUUAUGCUGUAGGAGCCCUGGCCAAGUCCGUGUAUGAGAGGAUGUUCGGCUGGAUGGUGACCAGGAUCAACAACACACUUGAGACGAAGCAGCCGCGUCAGUAUUUCAUUGGAGUGCUGGACAUUGCUGGCUUUGAGAUCUUCGAUUUCAACAGCUUCGAGCAGCUCUGCAUCAACUUCACCAACGAGAAGCUGCAGCAGUUCUUCAACCACCACAUGUUCGUGCUGGAGCAGGAGGAGUACAAGAAGGAGGGGAUCGAAUGGGUGUUCAUUGACUUUGGCAUGGACUUGCAGGCCUGCAUAGACCUCAUCGAGAAGCCCAUGGGCAUCAUGUCCAUCCUGGAGGAGGAAUGCAUGUUCCCCAAGGCGACGGACAUGACCUUCAAGGCCAAGCUCUUCGACAACCACCUGGGCAAGUCAGCCAACUUCAGCAAGCCGCGGAACAUCAAGGGGAGGCCGGAGGCGCAUUUCUCCCUCAUCCACUAUGCCGGCACGGUGGACUACAACAUCCUGGGCUGGCUGCAGAAGAAUAAGGACCCGCUCAAUGAGACAGUGGUGGGGCUCUACCAGAAAUCUUCCCUCAAACUCCUUGCCCUCCUCUUCGCCAACUAUGCGGGGGCUGACACAGCCCAUGAAGGCGGGAAGGGGAAAGGAUCAAAGAAGAAGGGUUCAUCUUUCCAGACGGUGUCAGCGCUGCACAGGGAGAACCUGAACAAGCUGAUGACAAACCUGCGCUCAACUCACCCCCACUUCGUCCGCUGCAUCAUCCCCAAUGAGACCAAGUCUCCAGGGGUGAUGGACAACCCCCUGGUGAUGCACCAGCUGCGCUGUAAUGGGGUGCUGGAGGGCAUCCGCAUCUGCCGGAAGGGCUUCCCCAACCGCAUCCUCUACGGGGACUUCAGACAGAGGUACCGUAUCCUGAACCCCGCGGCCAUCCCCGAGGGCCAGUUCAUUGACAGCCGCAAGGGGGCGGAAAAGCUGCUGAGCUCCCUCGAUAUCGACCCCAACCAGUACAAAUUCGGGCACACCAAGGUGUUCUUCAAGGCCGGGCUGCUGGGGCUGCUGGAGGAGAUGCGGGAUGAACGACUCGCCCGGAUCAUUACGCGCCUCCAGGCCCAGUCCCGGGGCGUCCUCUCCCGCCUUGAAUUCAAGAAGAUCUUGGAACGCAGGGACUCCCUGCUGGUUAUACAGUGGAACAUCCGGGCCUUCAUGGGGGUGAAGAACUGGCCCUGGAUGAAGCUCUACUUCAAGAUCAAGCCGCUCCUGAAGAGCGCUGAGACGGAGAAGGAGAUGCUGGCCAUGAAGGAGGAGUUUGGGCGCCUGAAGGAGGCGCUAGAGAAGUCAGAGGCCCGGAGAAAGGAGCUGGAGGAGAAGAUGGUCUCUCUGCUGCAGGAGAAGAAUGAUCUCCAGCUGCAAGUGCAGGCUGAGCAAGACAAUCUUGCAGAUGCCGAGGAGCGCUGCGACCAGCUGAUCAAGAACAAGAUCCAGCUGGAGGCCAAGGUGAAGGAGCAGACGGAGCGGCUAGAGGACGAGGAGGAGAUGAAUGCUGAGCUGACGGCCAAGAAGAGGAAGCUGGAGGAUGAGUGCUCGGAGCUCAAGAAGGACAUUGACGACCUGGAGCUGACCUUGGCCAAGGUGGAGAAGGAGAAACACGCGACGGAGAACAAGGUGAAGAACCUGACAGAGGAGAUGGCCGGAUUGGAUGAGAUAAUAGCCAAGCUGACCAAGGAGAAGAAGGCCCUGCAGGAGGCCCAUCAGCAAGCGCUGGAUGAUCUACAGGCCGAGGAGGACAAGGUCAACACCUUGACCAAAGCCAAGGUCAAGCUGGAGCAGCAGGUGGAUGAUUUGGAGGGCUCCCUGGAGCAGGAGAAGAAGAUUCGCAUGGACCUGGAACGGGCCAAGAGGAAACUGGAAGGGGACUUGAAAUUGGCCCAGGAGAGCAUCAUGGACCUGGAAAAUGACAAGCAGCAGCUGGAUGAGAAGCUGAAAAAGAAAGACUUUGAGCUCAACGCGCUGAAUGCCCGGAUUGAGGAUGAACAACUGGUAGUUGCCCAGCUCCAGAAAAAGCUCAAAGAGCUUCAGGCGCGCAUCGAGGAGCUGGAGGAGGAGCUGGAGGCAGAGCGCACGGCCCGGGCCAAGGUGGAGAAGCUGCGCUCGGACUUGUCACGGGAGCUGGAGGAGAUCAGCGAGCGGCUGGAGGAGGCGGGCGGCGCCACCUCGGUGCAGAUCGAACUGAACAAGAAGCGGGAGGCAGAGUUCCAGAAGAUGCGGCGGGACCUGGAGGAGGCCACGCUGCAGCACGAGGCCACGGCCGCCACCCUGCGCAAGAAACACGCCGACUCGGUGGCCGAGCUGGGCGAGCAGAUCGACAACCUGCAGCGCGUCAAGCAGAAGCUGGAGAAGGAGAAGAGCGAGCUCAAGCUGGAGCUGGACGACGUCAGCUCCAACGUGGAGCAGCUGCUCAAAGCCAAGGCCAACCUGGAGAAGCUGUGCCGGACGGUGGAGGACCAGAUGAACGAACACAGGACCAAGUCCGAGGAGGCGCAGCGCAUGGUGAACGACCUCACCACCCAGCGUGCCAAGCUCCAGGCUGAGAACGGCGAGCUGGCCAGGCAGCUGGAUGAGAAGGAUGCGCUGGUCAACCAGCUGACGCGGGGGAAGCUGACGUACACCCAGCAGCUGGAAGAUCUCAAGAGACAACUGGAGGAAGAGGCCAAGGCGAAGAAUGCCCUGGCCCACGCACUGCAGUCGGCCCGGCACGACUGCGACCUGCUGCGGGAGCAGUACGAGGAGGAGACGGAGGCGAAGGCCGAGCUGCAGCGCUCGCUCUCCAAGGCCAACUCCGAGGUGGCGCAGUGGAGAACCAAGUAUGAGACGGACGCCAUCCAGCGGACAGAGGAGCUGGAGGAGGCCAAGUGA